CGAGUGGUUAUACCAAUAUGACAAAAGCGAUGUUUCCCGCGACGUUAUGUCUGGUUUUGUUCGUGGCGAAAUUCGUUCGGUGGUUGCUGUCGUUAUUCAUGUACGGCAUAGUUAUGGCAGAAGCAUUAGUACAAUUCGCCAUCAUGUUGAUAAAGUAUGUGCAAUUGUGUAUUUUUUGUUUUUUUUUAUAAAAAUAGCCGUACAAAAUUAAUUCCCCAACUGUUUCUUCCGGGUAUUUAAAACGAUUCGUAUGGGCUUACACGCAGGUUUUGUUGUUAAAAUAUGAAAAUUGCAUUUUUUUUUUUUUUUUUGUUUGUUUGCGGAUUUCCGUUGGUUAUUAUAAGAAUAAAAUUUGUCUUUUUUUUUCAAUCCUAUAACAAAAUCAAAUUGUAAUUAUUUAAAGUCACCGUUAUACUGCAAAACGCGUAUACGACGGGUACAUAUUAUAUAAAAAGAAAAACACAUUUUGUUUGUCCUGCACGGUCAUUUCCAAAACCAUGCGUGGGUACCGAUCGAUUCGUACGAGGUAUUUGUUUUUUUUUUUUCUUUAAAACGGUUUGUCGUUAAUUUCACGGGGAAUGUAAACACAGAUACAGACACAGUAUUAUAUUAUUUUUGAUAUUUUUAAUGUUUUCGAAAUUCGUGUACCCACCGUUAACGAUAAAUCGUAAAUUUAUUUACAGCGAACUCAUACGAAAGUUGGAACCAAAAACGGCUAUUCUCGAUACGCGCAAAGUACCCUCUGAAACUUCAGAUCCGCACACUACCGUCGGUCAGAGCCGGACCGUAGGCACAACGCGACGCGUCAUACCGCCCGCCGAAACACGGCCAACCGUCGAUCCGUCAAGUGAGUGCAGUGAUUAUUAUAUAAAACUAAAUGUCCAACAUCGGAAUCGUGUGUAUGUUUGUAAAGUGAAUCGCUUAUUACGCCGAAGUUUGAACCGAUUAGAACACUACCUACGCACAUUAUAAAAACGAAAAUAACUACAGUAAAAAAUUUUUCCCGACACGAACGUUGGGUUAGGGUUUAUCGUGAAUUCGAAAAUAUAUCAUCUCGAAUAUAAUAUUGAGGAGAUGAGAGUUAUUGAAACCGUUCAAAUUUUUCCGGUUUCGUUAAAUUCGAUAGUUAUUUCGUACCAUUUUACGACCACCUUAACGAUAAGUCUGUUCGUUAAACUAUAUAACCGUCCGAACACUAUCGUUUUUAUACGGACUUUAAAUUUAAAAUAAUAUUCAGUCAAAAUAUCCGCAGGAAUAUAAUUUACGAAUAAAAGAAAUUAUACUCUUUGUAUACCCUAUACUUAAUUUUUAUUAGCCGUCAACGUGUCGAGUUCUAUACAGACCGACAAAAUUGAAGCGGACGGAUCUGUGAAACGCUGCAAAGAAAAUAUAGAUGCUAUAUUUAACACGAUGGAUGAACGCAAUCUACUAACCAAGGUCACUAUUAUUAUAUUGUUAUUUACUUACUUGAAUUAAAACUUGUACGAACAAUGUCACUAAAAUACGCUGUAGCCGGUUUAAUAUGUCAAUAAUUUUUUUUAUUUUAUUUUAUAUCUUAUAUAGUGUAAAGAAAUAAAAAAAAUUAUCUUUGAAACCAAAGAGAAAUGUUUACCGUGGUUAGCACGGUAUAUCAUUACGAAACGCAUCAGCGUAGAAUCAAGUCAUCAUAGCAUGUGCUUAAAAUUGUUGAACAUAUUAAACAACGAAAUUCUCACGGAAUUAAUAACGCUAGAAACUGAAUCAGAUAUUAAAGUGAGUAGGAACAUUUUUUUUUUUGUUUGACUAGUUUUUAUAUGAUAAUUAUGGAACAGAUUAUAUUAAAUCAGAAUCCGUAAAAAAACACUAGUGGAAUACUUGAGUAGUUUUAAAAAGUUUAAAAAUUUUUUUUUUUUAGAACACGUACAAAUUUAUUUGAAAAAAAUUAUUUUAUUUUAAUCUUUUUUGUAGCGCUUUUUGUGGAUUUUAGGUGUAUAUAAAUCCGUUCUCCAAUGAUAAUGAAUACGACUUAUUUUAAAAUAAUAUCUCGUGUAUCUCGAUAGGCGUUAUUAAGCAAAGAUGAGGAGAGUCCUAUAUGUAGGAAAACUUUGAACAAUUUGGGAAGUUGGUACGGGAUGAUGACCCUGGCCAAAAACAAACCGAUCGGUAAGACGUUUGAAGACUUGAAGACGCUACUGAUAAAGGCGUACCAAGAAGAAAAACUGACGUACACUCUGCCGCUUGUUACGAGAAUUCUUGAAACAUGCGCUAAUAGCACAGUAUGUCGAAUACGUUUCGUUCUUAUCGAUUUAAUUUCUGAUAAUUUGUUGGUAUAG